AUGAAAUAUUCAGCCACCUUGGCCGCGCUCGUUCCUUUGGCCGCUGCUGUCGGCAAAGUCCCCGACAAAUUCAAACCUGGCGCAAGAUGGCAGGUGGAAAUCCAAAACCCGCUCAUCGUGCCCAGCAGCUCGACCCAGAAGCUGGUUCCUGACGCGGAUAUUUGGGACAUUGAUCUGUGGCAUGCCGACGCAAACCGGUCCAUCAUCCCUGCACUGCAUGCGCACGACAAGAUUGUCAUCUGCUACUUGAACCUCGGCGCCGUGCAGCCCGACGAGUGCGACUUCAACACCAGCUGGUACAAAGACGGCGGCAAGGACAACAAGUGGACCGGCCCCUGGUACUACGAUGCCAACUACGACCCGGACAGCCCCGACAACGAGGGCAACCGGUACUGCGAGCGCUACGUCGACUUCACCGACACGCCCAUCCGCGACCUCAUGAAGGCGCGCCUGAAGACGGCGCGGGACCUGGGCUGCGACGGCGUGGACCCGGACAACAUUGACAUUUCAAGCAUCACCUGGGGCAGCGGCGCCACGCCACCCACGCGCAAGCAAGUGUCCGCCGCGCUGGUCGACCUCGCCGCGUACGCGCACAGCAUGACGAGCACGCGCGGCUUCCAGUUCCUCAUCGGGCAGAAGAACGGCGCCGAGUACGCGGCAGAUCUCGUCGGGCACUACGACUUUGCCGUCCUGGAGCGCUGUCUGGAAGCCGGCUUCUGCGGCAACUUCACCGGCUACCUGGCGGCGGGCAAGCCGGUCCUCGCCAUUGAGUAUCCGGCGUCGCUGGAGGACGCGGGCGACGGCACGAGCGGCUGCAAUAUGACGCGCGAGAGCCGGUGCGAGAGCGGCGACGCGGACUGUCCGUGUCGCGAUAUCGGGGGCGAGCCGUUUGCGAGGAUGGACAGGGUCCUCAAGCUGGACUUUGACGAUUUUGGACUGAAUGGCUGCACGCAGUACUGCGACUCCAGGGUGGUGGUGACGCCCACGGACACGGACAACAAGGGAGUCUGCCGCUACGGAGUAGGCAGCGUCGCCCAGUUCCAGCAGAUCUUGACGGGCGAGUGUGUAGUCGCAGCGAUGUCAGCGGGCUGGGAAGUGACGCCGCUACCCUGCACCACCAUAUAA